AUGGUGUUAAAGACUUCAGUACAUAACGCAGCCCUCACCUCCCUCAGCCCUCUAGCCCCUACCUCUCAGCCUGCCCUCUCAGCUCUCAGUCCUCCACCACACCCCCAGGCAGCCGUCACUUCCCAACCCUCAGCCCCCAGCCCUCUCAGCUCUCAGUCCUCCAGCACAUCACCCCAGGCAACCGUCACUUCCCAACCCUCAGCCCCCAGCCCCUCUCAGCUCUCAGUCCUCCACCACACCCCAGGCAGCCGUCACUUCCCAACCCUCAGCCCCCGGCCCUCUCUCAGCUCUCAGUCCUCCACCACACCCCCAGGCAGCCGUCACUUCCCAACCCUCAGCCCCCGGCCCUCUCUCAGCUCUAGUCCUCCACCCCAGCAGCGUGUCAGCCCUCUCAGCUCUCAGUCCUCCAGCAAUCACCCCAGGCAGCCGUCACUUCCCAACCCUCAGCCCCAGCCCUCUCUCAGCUCUCAGUCCUCCACCACACCCCAGGCAGCCGUCUCUUCCCAACCUCAGCCCCAGCCCUCCUCUCAGUCCUCCACCACCCAGGCAGCGUCUUCUCGCCCCGCCCUCUCAGCUCUCAGUCCUCCAGCUCACCCCCAGGCAGGUCUCCCCUCGGCCUUCCUCCACCACACCCCCAGGCAGCCGUCACUUCCCAACCCUCAGCCCCCAGCCCUCUCUCAGCUCUCAGUCCUCCACCACACACCCCAGGCAGCUGUCACUUCCCAACCCUCAGCCCCCAAGCCCUUUCUCAGCUCUCAGUCCUCCACCACACCCCAGGCAGCCGUCACUUCCCAACCCUCAGCCCCAGCCCUCUCUCAGCUCUAG